UUGAGUCUAUUUCUCAAAAUUGCCUGACUGACAUAACCCAAAGGUUAACGCAGAGCUGCUCUACCUACCUGUACUAGUGGUCUAGACUCUAGACUCCAGAGCUCUUCAAGUUCAAAUGAGGAGGCGUUGCAGCGCAGGACAGGAGGCCACCUCCCUCAGAAGGUGGAGUACGCACCAUCAGGGAGUUGCAGAUCGUCAGCUUCAGGGCUUGCAACCGUUGCUUGGAUGGGGUGCACAGCAGCACUUAUUUGGGAAGCCGGGGCAGCUUUAGCAACCACAGUAGCGUGCCCUCACUAUCAGCGGACCGGGCGGGUCACCCCGGCACAGACAGCAGGGCGCCGGCUUUCAACAGCUACCCUGCAUGCAGGACUGCAAGCCGAUGACAAGUUGAGGGGGGGGGUCCACUCAGGCUUUCCUCAGAGUUGCUCUGCUGCUCCCCUUCUCGAAGGUACCCCUUCUACUUGUGGACACUUCGCCUCAAGUGGGUUGAGAAGGUGUCCAGCUCGCAGCCGUUUGAGCAAUCUUGAAUCGCUGGUGCCGAUUGAUCUGAAGGGGGGGCUCUCUUUGCGGAGAAGAGGACAAGGCCGGGGGCCUCUGUUACGGAAGAAUGCCAGCAUCGAUCCAGGGGGGCGACGGAGAAAUUGGCGUGUUCAUGCUGCGGCCCGGGACAGCGAUGGGAAAAGUUACUAUGAACUUCUGGGGGUUCCUGAGAGUGCAGAUGACAAAGAGAUAAAGAAAGCGUACCGCCGGAUGGCACUGAAGUACCAUCCAGAUGUAAACAAGGAGAAAAAUGCCGAGGCGGUGUUUGUGAAAAUCAAGCAAGCGUACACCACUUUGUCUGAUUCGAAGAGCCGGUCCCAGUACGAUUCUGAGUUACGGGGCGGCGCUUGGGGCUUCCCCAGCGGGGGCGCUACAGAUUGGGAUCCACUUGACCCCUUCGGAUACAAAAAGAAGAGGACAACGGGGGGCAAGCAAGAGGAAGAAGAGUUCUACGGGCUUGGGGACUUCUUUCGUGACUUGCAAAAGGAGGUGGAGGGUUGGCAGAGUGACCGGGGUUCGUCGGAAGCGCCGAAGAGUCUUUGGGAGGAGAUGGCGGAAGUUGGGGAGGAGUUUGUAGAGUUCUUGGAACAGGAGUUGGGGUUGGACGAGAAGGAGAGUAAAAAGCGAACCGAACAACGGAAAAGCAGUCCGUCAGCUGACGGCACUGGGGCUCCGCGAACGGAAUCCAGUCGGGAUCAGCAGAAACCGGAAAGUUCGAAGAGAGAAGAUGGUCCCGGCACAGGCGGUCGGAGGAACGAGAAGGAUCACAAGAAGAAAGGGGAUGAUAUUGAGGAGUUGUUGGCAAGCUUGAAAAAGGAAAUGGGCCUUUGACAAAGCAGUAUCUUGUAUUUAUCACAUCUUGCCACGAUUUCUCCUUGAAUGCGAAUGAAGCAGAGGGACGUUGUGCAAGCAACCCUUAUGUACGGGAGGAUCGAAGCAUCCCCCGAAAAGCACAUGCUGUAUUACGAACUAGGUCUUUCAGCUUUCCAC